AUGCAGAAAAAAGAAAAGAAGAUGAAGGACAACAAAGAGAAGCAGAGGAAGCAGAAAGAGAAGACCAAGGAAAAACCUGAUAAUGCUGAUCAAACUCCAGAAUUAAAAGAGGAUGGAAAGAAGAAAAUGUUUGAGAAUGAAGCUGGAAAUGAACCUCUUGCAAUUCAAGACCUCUUGGUGAAGUCCAUGACAGACCAAAUCAACUAUCACCAACGUCAAGAUCCUAGCUUCAUUUGCCCAGAAAGAUUACAACUGUGGAAGGAUGAAAAAAAUGAAGACAGUGAGAAGAAAAUGAAGGAAUUGUGGGAUAUAUUUAUCCAGGGAGGAAAAGAGAUCAAAGGAGCUGGAAGAGAAGUUGGCAACAUAUGCAAGGAAACUCGGAUUGACAUGGAGAAGAUUGCCAAGAAAAAGGAGAUUGAAGAAGAAGAAGAGAAAGAAGAAGACAAGAAAGAAGAAGAGAAGCAACAAGAAGAGAAAGAAGAAGAGAAGAAGCAAGACGCUCCAACACCUGAUGUUCCUUCAAGAGUAAUAAGGCUGAAGAAUAGAGAAAGAAAGAGGCUUCAAGCAUCUUGCUAUGUAAACGGAAACUGCAUUGCAGUUCUGCUGCUUUACAGAAAUGGAAACUGCAUUGCAGUUUCUGCUGCUUUACAAAAACGGAAACUGCAUUGCAGUUUCUGUUUUAUCAAAUGGAGUUUUCCUUUCAAUCUGCAGUUAACACAAGAGGCAUCUCAGCCCGAUGCCACAAAUCCAAUUCCUGAUCCCCCAAAAGGAACGAGCCUUCAUGAUUCAAUACUUGUAGGUAUGCAAGAAUCAAAUGAUGAAGAUGAAGGACAAAAAAAGCCAACAAAGAAAAAACUAGGAUGGGGUCAAAAGAAGGUUUGGCAGAAAAUUCCAAAGGAGGACAGGGACAGAAUUGAAGAAUACUACUUAAGACUCGAUAGUGAGAAAGUGACAAACCAUGAUAUCAAAGAUAUUGUAUGGGACCUGGAACUGUCACAAAACGUUAUUGAGGCCUAUAUCCAAAUAGAGGAGGAGAAAAUAGGGCCCAUGCAGACAGAUAGUCCACAGUACAUGUCUACAUGGGACUUGGGGCCCUGUAUGAACACUUACUUGAAAAACUCGGGAAAUGCAAUGUUUCUCUUCUUCCCGAUCAUUUCAAGUUCUGAGUUCCACUUUACACUUCUCACAUUUCACAAAAUUGAACGAAAGUGGAGACACUACAAUCCACUUAGAUCGUUGGGAUCUAGAAAAGAAGAAAAGUGUAUUGACAUUGCUCAAAAUUUUGUAAGUGGAAUGAAACUGUCUUAA